UAUCACUCGUUCACUUUUAUUUCUUCUUAGCACAUUGCACACUAAGAGGAAAAAUUAGAAAAAUGGCAGCCUCACUACAAGCUGCGGCUACACUGAUGCAACCAACUAAAGUUGGUGUGCCAUCUUCUAGGACUAGCUUUGUUCAAUUUAGAUCAUCUCAAUCUGUUUCCAAGUCUUUCGGGCUAGAGCCGAGUAGCGGUGGUCGGAUCGCUUGCUCUUUGCAAUCUGAUCUUAAAGAUUUGGCUCAAAAGUGUGUUGAUGUUACCAAGAUUGCUGGUUUUGCUCUUGCUACUUCCGCCCUUGUCGUCUCGGGAGCUGGUGCUGAAGGAGCUCCAAAGAGACUAACCUACGAUGAAAUUCAAAGCAAAACAUACAUGGAAGUUAAAGGAACCGGAACAGCCAACCAAUGCCCAACAAUCGACGGCGGAGUCGACAAAUUCGCCUUCAAAUCCGGCAAGUACACCGCCAAGAAAUUCUGCUUAGAACCAACUUCCUUCACCGUCAAGGCAGAAGGCAUAAACAAGAACUCCCCACCCGAGUUCCAAAACACUAAACUCAUGACUCGCUUAACCUACACUCUCGACGAAAUCGAAGGACCAUUCGAAGUUGCCUCCGAUGGCACCGUCAAGUUCGAAGAGAAGGACGGCAUUGACUACGCCGCCGUGACAGUGCAACUACCCGGAGGCGAACGUGUGCCGUUCCUUUUCACCAUCAAACAGUUGGUUGCAUCCGGCAAACCCGAAGCCUUCAGCGGAGAGUUUCUCGUGCCCUCGUACCGUGGAUCCUCAUUCUUGGACCCUAAGGGUAGAGGAGGAUCCACCGGAUAUGACAAUGCAGUUGCAUUGCCUGCCGGCGGCAGAGGUGACGAGGAGGAGCUACAAAAAGAGAAUGUUAAGAAUACUGCUUCGUCCGUGGGGAAAAUAACCCUAAGUGUGACCGGAAGUAAGCCGGAAACCGGAGAAAUUAUCGGGGUUUUCGAGAGUGUGCAGCCGUCUGAUACCGACUUGGGAGCUAAAGUUCCAAAGGAUGUGAAGAUUCAGGGUGUUUGGUAUGCUCAGCUUGAUUCAUAGAAUGUGUGAGAGUUCAUCUCUUUGAUUUUCUGUAUUAAUAUUUUUCUUGGUUCAGAUUUUGCUAAAUGUUGAUGAAGGUGUUUGCUAAACUUUUCUGUGACACAAUUCAGAUGCUCAAACACUAGAAUCUUGUAUAUUAAUUACUAUUAUUUUACUAUCA